AUGCUACCGUUCAGAUUCCUCAUAAGCCUUUGUGGCUAUCUUGCUACCACCCGGGCCUGCUCCCUUCACGAUAUCGCGCCGGUACCAUCCUCGGAUCUCACGCGUCGUUCUGUGUUGCCCGGGAAGAAGCUCUCGACAGUCAUUAAAAACGUCCGCAUCUUCGAUGGAUGGCGGAUGACCGACCCGCAAGACAUCUCAUUCCAUGGGGAGACAAUUUCUUUUGGCUCUUUCCAUCCCGAGGAGCCGGAAGUCACCGUUGACGGCACAGGGAAGUUUCUUAUUCCUGGCCUUAUCGACAGUCAUCUGCAUAUCUCCAAGGUUUCUGAUCUGGAGCUUCUGGUAUCUUAUGGAGUUACUACUGGCGUCCACAUGUCUUGCCAGAGCUAUGAAGCAUGUCACACUUUUCGCAACCAAACAGACCUCACUUCUAUUAUCUUCGCCGGCACUGCCUUCACGGGAGCUGGGAACUCUAGCUCCAACUUGCCACAGACAGGAGUACCAUUUCCGGAUCUGGACGAAUCCACAAUCAUCGCCAAUGUCUUCAACAACGGUUCCGAUGUUUUCAAGGUUGCGAUCAAUGACGAGGGUCCCACUCAAGAUGUCCUGAAUGGAUUGAUACAUGAAGUCCAUAAGCUAGGUCGUCAGGCCAUGACGCACGCCACCACUAGAGAAGCGUUUGCCUGGGCCGUCGCUGCCAAGACUGAUGGCCUCCAGCACAUGGCCGCUGAUGGGCCUCUCUCGCGGUGCAUUAUCGACCAAAUGCUGAAGAAUAGAGAAUUUGUCACUCCGACACUGAACAUCUUCAAGCAAGCUUUUGAAAAUCCUCUCAUCCUCAAUUUUCUUCGUCCAAAUGGGGCAGGCAACAUUACAUAUGAAGCGGUAGUCAGCAACGUCAGACUUUUGCACCAAGCAGGCGUACCACUGCUUGCUGGUACGGAUGCGGUUGGUGUUGUUACGCCGAUGAUUAGUGUUCCGUUUGGCUUGACGCUGCAUUGGGAACUCCAGAAUUUGGUAGUUGCUGGUCUUUCACCACUGGAAUCUCUUCGAGCCGCGACUGUGCUACCAGCCCUGCAUCAUAGACUGGAGGAUCGUGGAGCAAUUGAGCAUGGGAAAAGGGCGGACUUGGUGCUGCUCAACAGUAAUCCUUUGGAUGACAUUGUCAACACUAUGGAUUUUGCAAGGGUCUGGGUCGCGGGGGCUGAAUUUCAAGACAUUGGUGGGAAGUCAGAGUAA